AUGGACGGAAUGGACAUGGGUAGCAGCACCAGCUCAAGCUCCGGCAGCAUGAGCACUUCGAUGACCAUGACCUUCAAAAACUCCCACAACACACCACUCUUUUCUAAUGCCUGGACACCGUCAUCUUCCGGAGCCUUUGCAGGAACAUGUAUCUUCCUGAUUGUCCUCGCCGUCAUUGAUCGCUGUCUCAUCGCGUUCAAGGCUGUCAUGGAACGACACUGGCUCGCCGCUCACCUCAACCGUCGCUAUGUGACUGUGGCCGGCAAGAGCACUGAGGCUGGCAAUAUCGAUGCUGAUCCAGAUGCGAAGAUCGCAUCGCUUGUUACUGCGCAGGGUGUCGAGGAGUCUGUGAGAGUCGUGCACAACCUCCCUCGUGGUCCGAUUCCCUGGCGCUUCAGCGUUGACUUGCCGCGGGCGUUGCUCUUUAUGUGCAUUGCGGGGGUAUCCUAUCUACUCAUGUUGGCGGUCAUGACCUUGAACAUCGGCUACUUCUGCUCGGUAAUUGCGGGUGCUUUCCUCGGAGAACUGGCGGUCGGACGCUUCAUUCACUGGCCUGAGCACGGGCACUGA